GGUAACAAACCAUCUCGUUGUUUAGCAGCCAACAAAAACAUCAAGGAGAAGAAGAAGAAAUCUGAUCACGUGACUACUUUCAGACCCGGAAGUGCUGCGUCAAUCCAGUUUCUGACAUCAAAACAAACCAACACGACUCUACUGCUGAGGAGCUGAAAGCUAUCUUUCCUGUGAUCACCUGACCUCAUAUCGGUCUUGACAUGGAGGACACACUCUUCCAGCUAAAGUUCAGUUGCAAGCAGCUUGAGAGACAGUCCAAGAAGGCAGAGAAGGACGCUGCGAAGGAGCAGGCCAAGGUCAAGAAGGCUUUGCAACAGAAGAAUGUGGAAUGUGCCAGAGUUUAUGCGGAGAACGCUAUCCGGAAAAAAAAUGAAAGUCUUAAUUGGUUGCGCAUGGCGUCCCGACUCGACGCGGUGGCCUCUAAAGUCCAGACUGCUGUCACCAUGAAGGCAGUGACCAAAAACAUGGGCCAGGUGACCAAAGCUCUGGACAAAGCUCUGAACUCCAUGGAUCUCCAAAAAGUCUCUGCGGUCAUGGAUAAGUUUGAAACCCAAGUUCAGAACCUCGACGUCCACACCUCAGUGAUGGAUGAUUCCAUGAGCUCGGCAAUGACGCUGACCACGCCUCAGGAACAGGUGGAUGACUUGAUCCACCAAAUAGCAGAGGAGAGCGGCCUGGAGGUGAUGGACCAGCUCAGCCAGCUGCCUGCAGGAGCCACCUCAGUGGGUGCAGGUGCAGGUGCAGAGAGCUCACGAAGCCAGGAGAGGGAGGACCUGCUGUCUCGAAGGUUGGCUGCUUUGCGGAACUGAGGGCUCCUCCAGGAGAGGCGACAGGGCUUACAGCUGUGUGGAAGCAGACGAGUUUAAUGAUGGCGACAGGAGCUGUGUGUGUUUCUAUUGAACUGUUCCUACCAGGAGGACUUAAUGAGCCUAUCGAUUACCAUCCCCCUGCUCUAUAAAUACACUCACACUCCGGCUAGAAAUACCACCUGAGAAGGCACAAAUCUCUCUCUGGUUCAUCUUCCCUUUUUCCAUCCAUCUUUUCCCGUUUUUAUCUUCCAAUUUAAUUCCCCAUUGGAUCUCAGUUUACCUUUUGUGUCUCCUAUUCUCCCUCCUUUUUACUCCCUCUUUUUCCACCAACACCACCUCCUCCUCCUGUGGCCAGACUCGCCGGUUCUCAAAUCACACGCUUUUGGAUGUAUGCUUUGUAC